CGCCAUGGCCGACGUGGAAGACGGUGAGGAGUCCGGCACUCUGUCCUCUCAUUCUGGGAGCGCGGGCUCCAAGUCGGGGAGCGACAAAAUGUUCUCCCUCAAGAAGUGGAACGCGGUGGCCAUGUGGAGCUGGGACGUGGAGUGCGAUACGUGCGCCAUUUGCAGGGUCCAGGUGAUGGAUGCCUGUCUUAGAUGUCAAGCUGAAAACAAACAAGAGGAUUGUGUUGUGGUCUGGGGAGAGUGUAAUCACUCCUUCCACAACUGCUGCAUGUCCCUGUGGGUAAAACAGAAUAAUCGCUGCCCUCUCUGCCAGCAGGACUGGGUUGUACAAAGAAUCGGCAAAUGAGAAUGGAAGGAAGGCUUUUUUAGUGCAGUUGUUCGGAGCCCUGGUGGAUCUUGUUAUCAACAAGUGUCCUACAAAGGCGUGGACACUCCGGGGAUUUAAUUCUUCAAAUAAGAGGAGGUGGAUCCAUGGUCCUUCGGCAUUCAUCAAAGGCAUGGUUUAGCAUUUUGUCAGUUUUAUUUUUGUGAAUUCUCUACAAUGAAGAAGAUAAUUUUUAAAAGAUGUGGUCUUUCCUACCUCUGUGGUGUAUGUCUCACACACUGCUUAGAAGUGCUGUAAAAGAGUAGAGAACUACGAACCUAAUGACCUUUAUAAUUUACCUAUUGAUAUCCAAGGGGCUGUGGAAGCAGCUCCAUUGA